AUGUGGAUUCGGGAGCAUCUUUACUUCAAUGGUUUCAGUAAAAAUUAUUUGAAUUGGAUUUGGCAUGGCGCGGCUGCGGAGAAGGAUAGAUUAAAUUCGAGUGUCAACCAAGAGCCAACUGAUAAUUGUCAUGAUGAUUUUGAAACUGUUAAUUUGUGUGAGGCAGCGUAUGGUAACCAUACAGAAAAUCCAGAACCAUUUAUGAAGUUUUUGGAGGAAGCAGAGAAGCCAUUGUAUAAGGGAUGCAAACGUCACACAAAGUUGAGUGCACUUGUAAAACUAUACAAUACCAAAGCAAGGCAUGGGAUGAGUGAUGCUCUAUUUUCAGAUCUACUAGCAGAUUUUGGGGACAUACUGCCAGAUAACCACAAUCUGCCAUCGUCAAUUUAUGAAGCAAAGAAGACGUUGAGUUGUUUGGAUUUGAGUCAUGAAAAGAUUCAUGCUUGUUCCAAUGAUUGCAUCCUUUAUAGGAAACAAUAUAAAGACUGCGUAAGCUGCCCGAAAUGUGGCUUAUCAAGAUGGAAGCUAACCAAGAAAAAUGUUGAGAAGAAAGGUGUUCCUGCCAAAGUGGUUUGGUAUUUCCCUCCCAUACUAAGAUUUAAGCGCAUGUUUAAAUCUUUAGAAACUUCCAGAAAUUUAACAUGGCAUGCAGAUAGCACAAGAGUUGUUGGUCAGUUACGCCAUCCAGUUGAUUCACCGUCAUGGAAAUUGGUGGAUCAUAUGUGGCCCGACUUUGGAAGUGAGGCAAGAAAUAUUCGCCUGGCACUUGCAGCCGAUGGAAUUAAUCCUCACAGCAAUCUUAGUAGUCGCUACAGUUGCUGGCCAAUCAUGCUGGCCACAUAUAAUUUGCCUCCAGACAUGUGCAUGAAAAGGAAAUUCAUCAUGCUAACGAUGCUCAUUUCAGGGCCGAAACAGCCUGGAAACAAUAUCGACGUCUACCUUGAGGUUCUGGUUGAUGAUUUGCAGCUGUUGUGGGAAGGAGUUGAUGGAGUUUAUGAUGCUUAUCGAAGGGAGGUUUUCACUCUUAAAGCAGUUCUUUUAUGGACCAUCAACGACUUUCCUGCAUAUGGUAACCUUAGUGGAUGUACUACACAUGGUUAUUACGCAUGCCCAAUAUGUGGUGAGGAUACUUAUGCAAAGCACUUACAAAAUGGGAAGAAAAUGCCAUUUGCUGGGCAUAGACGAUUCCUACCACGAUUUCAUCCAUAUCGGAGGCAAAUAAAGGAGUUUAAUGGCAUGGAGGAACUUGGUGAAGCAGGUAGGCCAUUAUCUGGAAUUAAGUUGUUUGACAAGCUUUCAGACAUAACAUGUGAGUUUGGAAAGAAAACAAGUGUGAAGGGGAAAAUAAGGAAAAAAGCAAAGGAGAAUAUCGUGGAAGACAUUGCAGAAGAAAAGCAUUGUCUCGAUGUUAUGCACAUUGAAAAAAACGUUUUCGAGUCUCUGAUUAAUACUUUGAUGAACAUCAAGGGAAAAACCAAGGACAAUGUGGCAGCUAGGUUGGACAUGGUUCAGAUGGGAAUUAAGCCUCAAUUGGCUCCUAAAAUUGGUGAGAAAAGAACAUAUCUACCUCCUACAGCAUGCUCAUUCACAAAAAAUGAGAGAUUACAAGUAUGUAGGUCAUUAAUGGAUAUAAAAGUUUCGGAAGAUUUCUCAUCAAACAUGAAGAAUCUUGUCUGCAUGGAUGAGAUGAAGCUGAGUAGCUUGAAAUCACAUGAUUCUCAUGUUAUAAUGCAGCACUUCCUGCCAAUAGUCAUACGUAAUUCUCUGCCAAAAUAUGUUAGAUAUGCUGUCAUAAGAUUAUGCUUCUUCUUCAAAGAUAUUUGUUGCAAGAUUAUCGAUGUAGCCAAGUUAGAUAAGCUGCAAUCUGACUUGAUCGUUACACUCUGCUUAUUGGAGCAGUAUUUCCCCCCUUCUUUCUUCGAUAUCAUGCUCCACUUAACAGUUCAUCUUGUUCGUGAAGUCCAAUUACGUGGACCAGUCUACUUCAGAUGGAUGUACCCAUUUGAAAGAUGCAUGAAGGUGUUGAAAAGUUACGUAGGCAGUCGAAAAUAUCCGAAAGGUUGCAUUGUUCGGAGAUAUACAGCAGAAGAAGCAGUUGAAUUUUGUUCAGAAUAUCUCAAUGACCUUGAUCCUGUUGGGGUCCCUAAAUCACUACGUGACAUAAACGCAAGCAUUCCUGGAUUCUCAGCAAGCAAUUCAUCAAUCAUCGUCCAACAAAUUGAUCUCCAACAAGCACACUUGACUGUUCUAGAAAAUACAGAAGAAAUAUCUCCAUACAUUAUUGAACACAAAUCCUUCUUGAAGACAAUGUUUCCCAAGAAACAGAAAGAUGCAAGGUGGAUACAAGAUGCUCAUAAUAAGAGGUUCAUUGACUGGUUUUGUGCAAAGCAAAAAAUAGCAAAAUAUGAUGAGCCACGUGUAGUUGAGGACACCGAACUACACCAAGAUGCUGAUGGGUUAGCAGCUGCAGAGUUACGAGGAGAGACUGAAAUAGAAGAACCUCCUAUUACUGGGCAGAAGAAGACUCGGGGGCCUACAUCAAUGUGCAGACUUAUUGCUGCUGCAAGAUGGGGAAAAAAGUCGACGAUUGAAUAUGAUGACAUGUAA